AUGGUCGGUAGCCAUCCCGGAAGCCCCAGGAGCGCAGGCUUAGACUACAGCAGACUGUCGUCUCAACAAUACGGUCCCAACGCCGCCGACGCCCCAGUUCCUGCAACUGCAUCUCUUCUUGGAGACAGUGCACCAGGGUCCCAUCUGUCCAUCCCCCGGCCCAUGUCCGGAUACAACAGCAAUCGUGCCUCCCAUGUCUCUAGAGCCUCAACGGCAUUCACAAGUGGUGACGGGUGGGGGUGGAAUGACCCCGAGGCGGACGAUUACCUUCACAACCCUGAUCCAAAGAGGGAUGGCAAGAACGACAGGGGUGGCUCGGUCUUUACGUGGAGAGGAGUCACCAACGUUGGCUGUCUGUUCAUGCUUCUCAUCUGCCUGAUCACCCUCUUCGCAGGCUAUCCUAUCAUCACCCACUUCACAGAGGAUAAGCAGUCCAACAACGGCGCCUACAACAUGGGUGGUAUCAACUCGACUGGACAGGUCCCUUAUAUUCCCAACUUUCCUCAGCUCAUCGAUCCUGAUACCCCAAGCGAUGUCAUGUCAAGGACUGGGUUUGACGGCAACAAUUACGAGCUGGUUUUCUCGGACGAGUUUAACAAGGAUGGCCGGACGUUUUACGAGGGCGACGACCCGUUCUGGCAAGCUGUCGACUUUCACUACUGGCCAACUGGUGACCUCGAGUGGUACGAUCCCUCUGCCAUUACAACCGAAGGCGGCAAUCUCAAAAUCACCAUGUCGCAAGAGCCCCUCCAUGACCUGCAGUUCCAGUCCGGCAUGCUUCAGUCCUGGAACCAGAUGUGCUUCCAGUACAGCUACUACAUGGAGGUCAGCGUUUCGCUCCCAGGCAACAACCGUAUUGGAGGAUUCUGGCCAGGUGUUUGGACCAUGGGCAACCUCGGUCGUCCCGGCUACGGUGCCACAACGGACGGAACGUGGCCCUACACGUAUGACUCGUGUGACGUGGGCACUCUUGUGAACCAGACCAACCCCGACGGCAAGGCCCCCGCAGCCGCUUUGAACACUGGAACAGACGACGGGACUCUGUCCUACCUUCCAGGACAGCGUGUGUCCGCCUGCACCUGUAAAGGUGAAGACCACCCUGGACCAGACGUCUCGUAUGGUCGCGGAGUGCCUGAAAUUGAUAUCAUCGAGGCUCAAGUCGAGAUUUCAACUUCAAAGGGCGAGAUGUCGCAGUCUCUCCAGGUGGCACCAUUUGACGACUUCUACCAAUUCGACAACUCUUCCGCCUAUGUCACGAUAUAUGACCAGGACGUUACGCUGUUGAACUCUUACCUCGGUGGAAUUUACCAGCAAGCUGUAUCUGCGCUGUCAUACGUCCCCAACGGUGUCUAUCAGGGCACGAGUGGACAGUUUAACAUUUACGGUGUCGAAGUCUUCUCUGAUCCCAACAAUCGACAGAACGGAUACGUCACGUGGGUUGCCAACGGCGCCAAGACCUGGACCAUGAAGGCCGGUGCUGUCGGAGCGAACACGCGUGUCGGUAUUGGAGAGCGUCUCAUCUCCGAAGAACCCAUGUCAAUGAUCAUCAACUUUGGAAUGUCGAACGGUUUCCAGACCGUCGACUUGGCUCAUCUUGCUUUCCCAAACGAGAUGCUGGUCGACUAUGUGCGCGUGUAUCAGCGUCCAGGCGUCGGCUACCUGGGUUGUGACCCGGCCGACAGGCCCACUGCCGCUUACAUCGCAAAUCACCAAGACGCAUAUCAGAACCCCAACUAUACCACCUGGGCCGCAGCUGGGUACACCUGGCCCAAAAACUCGCUUACUGGCUGUUAA